AGCACAAUUACUGAUUAUAAAGUUCUCUUCAAAGUAGUACAUUCUUACUCGGGUCGUAUUUCAUUUGUGUGGUACAGUUUGGCAUCUCGAGAUUUGUUUGUUUAUUGCUGGUCGGAUGUUAAUUAUUUAUUGAAUAUUCGGCUCCAUACAUUGUGUUGUUUAGUGCGAUCGGUUUCGUUUUUUUGGUACGGCGUAUUUCGCCUGUUAUAUCGUAGUAAAGUUACGUUUUAUUUGUUGUUAAAAUGAAUAAUAAUCACGUUGGAAAUAACAUCGAUCAUUACGGAGACGGAUACAUGGAACAGGAAGAAGAAUGGGAGCGAGAAGGACUUCUCGAUCCUGCAUGGGAAAAGCAACAGAAAAAGACUUUCACAGCAUGGUGUAAUUCACAUUUAAGAAAAGCCGGCACAGCCAUCGAUAAUAUAGACGAAGAUUUUCGUAAUGGGUUAAAACUGAUGUUACUAUUGGAGGUAAUCUCCGGCGAAACGUUACCGAAACCAGAUCGCGGUAAAAUGAGAUUUCACAAAAUUGCCAAUGUAAAUAAAGCUCUGGAUUUCAUCGCCAGCAAAGGAGUCAAGCUCGUGUCGAUCGGCGCCGAAGAAAUCGUCGACGGUAACCUGAAAAUGACCUUAGGUAUGAUAUGGACAAUCAUUUUACGAUUCGCCAUCCAAGAUAUCUCGGUCGAAGAGAUGACCGCCAAAGAAGGUUUAUUAUUAUGGUGCCAGAGAAAGACAGCUCCUUACAAGAACGUCAACGUACAAAAUUUCCACCUGAGCUUCAAAGAUGGUUUAGCUUUCUGCGCUUUGAUCCACCGACAUCGACCAGAUUUAAUCGAUUAUAAUAAAUUAUCGAAAGACAAUCCGCUACAGAAUUUGAACACCGCUUUCGACGUCGCCGAGAAAUACCUCGAUAUACCUCGCAUGUUGGAUCCCGAAGAUUUAAUCAAUACUCCGAAACCGGAUGAGCGUGCUAUUAUGACAUACGUAUCUUGUUACUAUCACGCUUUCCAAGGCGCUCACCAGGUAAAAAAUCUCCUCAAUGUUACUAACACGGCCAUGCCCGAUGAACGAGUUAUUAUGACUUACGUGUCGUCGUAUUACCACUGUUUCAGUGGAGCUCAAAAGGCUGAAACCGCUGCAAACAGAAUUUGCAAAGUAUUGAAAGUGAACCAAGACAAUGAACGAUUAAUGGAAGAAUACGAAAGGCUGGCCAGCGAUCUUUUGGAAUGGAUUAGAAGAACGAUGCCUUGGUUGAAAAACAGACAAACGGAUAAUUCGCUAUCCGGAGUACAGAAGAAACUCGAAGAAUACCGAACGUACCGCAGAAAACACAAACCUCCUCGUGUCGAACAGAAGGCCAAAUUAGAAACGAAUUUCAACACAUUACAAACGAAACUACGAUUAUCGAAUAGACCGGCGUACAUGCCCACCGAAGGAAAAAUGAUUUCUGAUAUCUCGAACGCCUGGAAAGGUCUAGAAACCUCUGAAAAAUCAUUCGAAGAAUGGCUCUUAUCGGAAAUGAUGAGAUUAGAACGAUUAGAACAUUUAGCUCAAAAAUUCAAGCAUAAGGCAGAUACCCACGAAGAUUGGACACGUGGUAAAGAGGAAAUGCUCCAAAGCUCCGAUUUCCGACAAUGUAAAUUAAACGAAUUGAAAGCUUUGAAAAAGAAACACGAAGCUUUCGAAAGCGAUUUGGCCGCUCAUCAAGAUCGUGUCGAACAGAUCGCCGCCAUUGCUCAAGAGUUGAACUCGCUGGAAUACCACGAUAGCGUCAGCGUGAACCAUCGAUGCCAACGUAUCUGCGACCAAUGGGAUCGUCUAGGCAGUUUAACGCAGAAACGUAAACAAGCUUUGGACGAAGCUGAAAAAGUUUUAGAGAAAGUUGACCUUCUUCAUUUGGAAUUCGCCAAACGUGCUGCUCCAUUCAACAAUUGGUUGGACGGUACACGAGAAGAUUUGGUUGAUAUGUUCAUCGUACACACAAUGGAAGAAAUUCAAGGUUUAAUCGACGCUCACAAUCAAUUCAAAGCUACCCUGGGUGAAGCCGACAAGGAAUACAAUUCUAUCGUCUCAUUGGUCAAAGAAGUCGAAACCACCGUUCAAAAAUACCAGAUCCCUGGAGGAUUGGCUAACCCAUACACUACGUUAACUGCUUCGGAUAUGACCAAAAAAUGGACCGAAGUCAAACAAUUAGUGCCUCAGAGAGAUUCAACUUUGCAAGUUGAACUGAAAAAACAACAAAAUAACGAAAUGCUGCGAAGACAAUUCGCCGAAAAAGCCAACCAAGUGGGUCCAUGGAUCGAAAGACAAAUGGAUGCUGUCACCGCUAUCGGAAUGGGAUUACAAGGAUCUUUGGAAGACCAAUUACACAGACUAAAAGAAUACGAAUUAGCCGUCUCUGCGUACAAACCACACAUCGAAGAAUUGGAAAAAAUACAUCAGGCAAUUCAAGAAGGAAUGAUAUUCGAAAAUAGAUACACUCAAUACACAAUGGAAACGUUACGCGUCGGUUGGGAACAACUGUUGACCUCUAUUAAUCGCAAUAUUAACGAAGUCGAAAAUCAGAUACUGACCAGAGACUCGAAAGGUAUCACGCAAGAGCAACUCAACGAAUUCAGAGCCAGUUUCAAUCAUUUCGAUAAGAAUCGUACCGGACGUCUUACACCAGAAGAAUUCAAAUCGUGUCUCGUCAGUCUUGGAUAUAGCAUUGGAAAAGAUCGUCAAGGUGAAAUCGAUUUUCAACGUAUUUUGGCAGUCGUCGAUCCAAACAGCACUGGUUACGUUCAUUUUGACGCUUUCCUCGAUUUCAUGACUCGCGAAUCAACCGAUACCGAUACCGCCGAACAAGUUAUCGACUCGUUCCGUAUCUUAGCCGGAGAUAAGCCAUAUAUUUUACCAGACGAAUUAAGAAGAGAAUUGCCACCAGAUCAAGCCGAAUACUGCAUACACAGAAUGCCACCGUUCAAAGGACCCAACGGUGUACCAGGUGCUUUAGAUUAUAUGUCAUUUUCCACAGCCUUAUACGGCGAAUCCGACUUGUAGAAAAAUACAAUAAAAAAAUUUCAACAACAAGAAGAAGAAAAUAAAAGUGAAACCAAAAUACCUUUUUAAAAGUACCUUGCCAAAUGAAUAUCCUCUUUUACCCUGAUACCCUUUCUUUGAAACGAUAUUUAACCAAAACGAGGCAGUUUAGAGAAAAAAAAUGAAAGAAAUGAGAGAAGUUGUUCGAUACCCGUUUUUUUAUCAUAUAGCGAAGCGUACCCAACUACCUACCCAUACUGCAAAAUCAUAUUUUAAAAAUGCGCGUUGUUUUCAUUAUUUAAAUUUAAAUUUACUUAUAAUAGGUAUGUAUGACAAUUUAUUUUUUAUAUAUGUAUUAUUAGUAUAGCCGUACAAGCUACGAUAAUACCUACGAUUAAUUUUUAAGAUAGUGAAAAAUACUAUUACAAGUGUUACUUUUGCCUAAAAUCAAACGCUACUCGUUCCCUCAUCCCCACCCCUUUCCUUAUGAGGGAUCAUAAGGAAGCUAAAUGCAACUUUCGGCAGCGCCGAAAAUAUCUCACCCAAAGGGUGUUUGUUGUUAUCGGAUUUCAUUAUUCGAUUUAUUAAAUUUUUGCAAUUCGCUCAAAACAGGUAUGGAGAUUUAAUUUUUAUUCGUUCGUUUCUCAAUUUGUGACUCGAAAAAUGUAACCAAAAAAAUGAGAGUUUUUUUAUUAAAGCAAUCAUUAAUUGCUUGUUUUUCGUAAAAAUAAUAUGAAAAAACGUGUUUAAUUGAAUAUAAGAAGAAACUGUUGAUUGAUAGUAGAGUUUUCAUAGUCUUCCGUUUGGAAUUUUUUUUUUUUUUGUUCGUUUGGUAUCUUUUUUUCUGUUCUUUCUCUCGAUAAAAGGAUACUGCGUGUUUAUGUAUAUAUAUUUAUUUUAUAGGUAUUUUAAUACGCAAAAAGAAAGUAUUAAUUAUCUCGCAGUAUACUAUUUAAGAUCGCAUGCUCGGCGAAAUGUAUUCGGAAAAACUCGUUUUUAUUUCGGUCAAUUUUUUUCUAUCUGUUUUGUGAUAAGAUUUUUUUUCUCGAGAUUUUGCAAGUCCAAAACAAAAGUCUAUUUUUUUGCAGUUUUUAAUAUUUUAUUUCUAGUCAGUGUAAUUGAAUAACCGAGUUUAAGGUAAGAUUGUAAUUUUAAAACAAUAUAAUAUCAUUUAAAUACGA